AUGUUCUUGUGGCGAACGAAAACAUAUGUAGAGGUUCAACGUGCGCUCGCGGAUAGUCUCUCCGCGAUCCCCAACCCUCACACACCACGCCACACACACGCACAGCAACCCACACGCCAACCAAGACACAACCGGCGCAAAGAGAACUGCCUGUGCGGUGACGAUCUGGUGGGCAGCCCUACCGACGAUGUCUACGGCGACGGGGGCUCCGUGUGCGGCAUCGACAUCACGUUCGGCGGCGACGUCCCCGAGUACAAGUACCUGUGCUCCGGCGACUCCCGCGUGCUGUGCGGCACCGACGACCACAUCUCGGUGUACUCCCUCGACGGCAGCACCGGUGGCGGCGACGACGACUCAGGCGACCCUCCCGUUGGCUCCGAGUUCAUCGGAUGCGUGGCCGACAGCCAGGACGAUCGGGUGAUGGCUGAGGGACCGAUGUCGGCCGACACCAUGUCCGCGGAGAUCUGCCUCGGGAUUUGCUCGGGCAUGGACGCAUCGUACACCCACUUCGGUACCCAGUACGGGAAUGAGUGUUGGUGCACAGGAUCGCUCGGGUCAACCGAGACCUCCACCGCCUGCACCAUGGACUGCGCUGGAAACACUGCCGAGACCUGCGGCGGCUUUGACGCCCUCACUCUGUACGAGAUCGUCUCCGAAGCCCCUCCUACGCCAGCACCUUUCACUCCCCCGGGACCCACGCCCGCGCCGGCCAGUCCCGUGGUCCCCUCCGGCGACUACGACUUCGUCGGGUGUGUUGCGGACAGCCAAUCCUCUAGGGUGAUGCCUGUGGGACCGCUUACGGAGGACGUCAUGUCUGCGGAGGUAGGUGUUGCGGAUAGCGGAGAGAUCCAUACUGUUACUGCGAAUUCCGAGGUGAUUUAG